CGAAGAAAAGCCUGAGGCUUCUGCACUGUAGCACGGGAUGAAUUUUCUUAAAAGUGGGCUACAGUCCGUGCUCGGCUCGCAGCAGACCAGCCAGGCACCAACCGGAGCGGAAACGGUGGAGUUGCUGGUGGAACGAGUAACGAGCUCAACGCUGCUGGACGAUCGGCGCGAUGCUUGCCGGGCACUGAAGGCUCUCUCGAAGAAGUAUCGCAUCGAAGUGGGCAUCGGAAUGACUGCGCUGAUGCAGGUGCUCGAAACGGAUCGUUCGGAUUGCGAGAUCAUUGGCUACUGUCUCGACACCCUUUGCCACGUUACUUCGCCAGAGCAGUUCGAGGAAGAGGAGGACAAUCCGAACGUGACGGCCAACAUUGGCGAACAGUUUACGGAGAUUUUCAUUAAAACACCCGACAACGUGUGCCUGGUGCUGGGCUGCCUCGAGGAGUACGAUUUUCGCGUUCGCUGGGCGGCCAUCAAGUUGCUGACGAAUCUGUUGGCGAACCGGCCGAAAGAGAUCCAGGAAAUUGUGCUGGUCAGUCCGAUGGGUGUGUCGAAGAUGAUGGACCUGUUGAUCGACAGCCGGGAGGUGAUCCGGAACGACGCCCUGCUGCUGAUGAUCCAGCUGACCAAGGGCAAUGGCAACAUUCAAAAGAUUGUUGCGUUCGAGAACGCUUUCGAUCGGUUGCUGGACGUCAUCAAAGAGGAAGGCUGCUCGGACGGGGGAAUCGUGGUGGAAGACUGUCUCAUCCUGAUGCUGAAUCUGUUGAAAAACAAUCCCAGCAACCAGCAGUUCUUCAAGGAGGGUUCCUACAUACAGCGGUUAGCUCCGAUGCUAGAGCUUCCACCGGAGCAGGAUCAAACCGGUAUGAGCCCACAGAAAGUUUCCAACCUACACUGCAUGCUGCAGGUGGUCCGUGCACUCGUCAGUCCGAGCAACCCGCAGCAGGUGAUUGGUUCGUGCCAGAAAGCGAUCCGCAGUUCCGGGUUGCUGGCGGCUAUCUGUAACAUCAUCAUGGCCAGUGGUGUCCCGCCGGAUCUGCUGAUCGAAACAAUCAACACGAUCGCGGAGGUGAUCCGGGGCGAUGGUCAGAAUCAGGACUACUUCAACUCGGUCGUCGCACCGUGCGAUCCGCCCCUGUCCGCCAUCGUACUGCUGCUCAUGUCGAUGGUGAACGACAAGCAGCCACUUCCGCUGCGCUGUGCCGUGCUGUACUGCUUCCAGAGCUACCUAUACCGUAACGACGGAGGUCAAAGUUCACUCGUGAAAACGUUGCUUCAAUCGUCGGAACAAGCGGCAACCAUCACCAGCGGCCAGCUGCUGUGCCGGAGUCUUUUUAGUACCGAUCCCCUGUCCAACUGGUUUGCGGCCGUUUCGUUAAGCCACGCACUGCUCGAUAACCCGGCCCAAAAGGAGCAACUGUUGCGCGUGGUGUUGGCCACAUCGCACGUCAGCAAGCCGGUCUCGUUGCUCGAACAGUGCAAUCAGCUGCUACAGCAGGCGACGUGCAAGUUCCAGGCGAAGGUGGGACUCCUGAUGCUGCUGUCCGUGUGGCUGGCCGACUGUCAGCUGGCGGUGCGAACAUUCCUCUCGACUCCGGGCACCGUCGCGUACCUCACGGGGCAGAUAUCGGCCAACGAGCACGGUGACAACGAGUAUCUGGUGCAGGGCUUGUGCGCCUUCCUCAUGGGCAUCUGCAUCCAGUUCAACGACAACAGUGUGCAGGAGCACCAGCGCGAGUUCCUCUGCCAGCUGCUCAUCAAGCGCAUCGGCCUGGACACGUACAACAAGAAGCUGGGCGAAGUGUCGAAGCACGAAAACUACAGCAAAUCGGCCAAACAGCCGCAGAUCCGUAUAGCGGCCACCACGGAUUUGCUGCUUGAUUACGAGUUCUGUCGGCUGUUCAAAGCACUCGAAGCAACGGUAACGAAAACGGUCAACGGGUUCAGUACCGGGGGACAGACCAUCGCCGAGCUCACGCUAAGCCAAGAAGCGUCCGGGCUGGUGGCGCAGUACAAGGACAUCAUCCGCGAGCAAGAUGGCCGGUUGCAGGCCCUCCACCAGCAGCUCGCUCAAACCGAGGGCCGAGUGACCGAGCUAACGCAAUCUCUCGAGCAGACCCGGGCCGGCAACGCUCAGUUGCAGGAUCAAAACAUUCUCCUCAAAGCACAACUGCAGGCCGCUUCCAAUUCCGUGCGUGUGCAGGGUGGCGCUGCGACAGCGUCAUCAACGGCUUCAUCCCCCCUCCACGUGCUUACCACGCAAGAAGGCGAUCGACAGGAGGCACUCGAAAGCCGGCUAUCGAUGCUAACGCUCGCUCAGCAAACGGACCGAGCGAAACUUGCGUUCUACGAAACGGAAAACUCUCGCUUGUUGGGAGAAUUGGACCAGCUGCGGGCACGACUGGCGGUGGCUGAGGCACGGGCCAACGAAUCCGGUGGCGAGCUGGAGAAGGUGCGCCACGAUCAGGAAGAUCUACUCGAGCUGCUCACCGAUCAGGAAAACAAACUGCAACGCUACCGGAUGGAACUGAAACGGGUUACGGGCCAACCAUUCGAGGACGACGAUGACGAGGAUGGCGAGGAAGUGGAACACAACGCGCCCACCAAAGAAGGGCAGCGCAAUGGAACGGAAAGCAACGGCAACGGUCCGGAAGUAAGUCGGACGGGACACACGCCAAGUCACACGGCAACCGAUGCCGCCAACCCUAUCGGAGGAUUCUUGUGUUAAUGCUUCAGUGCGAUGAAUGUUUACCAGCAAAACAGAAAUGGUGCGCCAACGUGGCGCAUUCUUGGUAGGCCUAAACCGACACAUAAAGCUAGUGGCCAUUCGCCAAGACCCCGGUUUCCUAUGUUAUCACUGUAUUAUCAUUAAUCGAGAUGGGAGGGAAUGGAUGCAGCGAGUCGCGCGAGUCAAUCCAAAAUUUACGUUCAAAGUGUUCUCGCCAUCUCCAGAGUUC